AUGUUUCGACCAGGGCUACUUUUUACAUCCUACAGCAGCGCGAGAAAUGUUGCGUCAAAAUCAGCCCCCUCCAUCACUUCUAGUCGCCAUGGACCGAGCACACCGCUUCGUUUCUAUUCGCAGCCUCCUGGGAAAACGACCUUCAACAGAUCUCGGACUGGACAAACGAGUGCUCGGGCACCACGUUCUUCAUCUACCUCUAAUGUGAUUACUUUCCUUACCGCAUCAUCUAUCGGCGUCGGAGCGUACAUGUAUCAAUGGAACAAGGAUCGCCAGGGCAGCAUCUUUAGUUCCAUCAGCGCUCCGGAGGGUCUUACAACGGAAAAUUGGACUCCGAUACUAUUGAAAAACAUCACCAAGAUCUCGGAAAGCACCUCUUUGUUUGAGUUCGAGCUGCCUAAGCCAUGCGUCAUUCCUCUCAGUUCUGCAGUUUAUGUCAAGGAUGACCUGAUCCAGGCUAUGCGUGCAUACACGCCUGUGCAUUCAACUGAAACAGAGCAGAAUACGUUACAGUUGCUGAUUAAACGGUAUGGCGAGGGCCAGGUGUCAAGGUUCAUGCACUCUGCAAGACCAGGACAAAAGAUAGAGAUGCGGGGACCAAUACUUGUCUGGCCAGCGAGUCGACCUGAUCUCGAAAAGUGGGACGAAAUUGGCAUGAUUGCUGGAGGAACUGGUAUUACUGCCAUGAUACCUAUCAUUCAGUCUGUGCUAGCUAAUCCGGACAAGAAAAUCAAAAUCUCCCUCUUGUUUGCAGCACAGUCGUCAGAAGAGCUCUAUUUUAAGGAUGAAUUAGAUCAAAUGGCAGAGGCUUCUCAGAACCAGCUUCGCGUUGUCUACACUAUCGACAAAACCCCAGUAGGAUCUUCCUCUGAGCAAGAGUGGAAAGGACACGUUGGAUAUGUGAACGAGGACAUGCUGAAGGGACUGUUGCCGCCACCAAAAUCAAUCGCAGAGGGAGCAUUGUUAACAGGUGAAAUGAAGGACGAUACAGAGAAAGGUGCCAAAAAUUCGAUUGUAUUGGUCUGCGGACCAGAGAGUAUGGUGAAGCAUGUGGCAGGCACUAGGGGUACGAGUGGGCAGGAGCCUAUUCGUGGUAUUUUGGGAGCUAUGGGCUACACGAAGGACCAAGUCUUCCGCUUUCCAAACUAA